UCGGUCGCAUCGGUUGUGCGAGCGGGUUUCGUCGUUUGUUUUACUCUCGGUUUCCGUUUCGUAUCGCGCGACGUGUCGUCGGCGUUCGCGUAAUUUUUGAGUUCUGUGGAAAACUCGCAUGCCACUAGAAGGCGAGAUUUCAGCUGGGAACGCGCGUACCCAAGCGAAUUUUCGUGCGUAACGCGUGGAUUUAGCGGUGUUUAAACGCCAUAUAUGAUGGCUGCAUAAAAAGGCAAAAAAGAAAGGAUUAUAGAAUUAUAUAUGAUUAUAGUAAAUAGAGUGCCAAUUAAAAUACAACAAAAAAUUCAAAUGGAGUGCUAAAGUGAAUUUGAAAACGGUGCAUCAUUUAUUCAGUUUUUGGCCAAAGAAGUGAAAACUAGAAUUCUGACAAAAUGCAUUCUAACGCAUCUACAAAAAUACAAAAUGUGAAAAUUAUAAAUAACAACGCGAGUGAGAUCAAACAACAACUACAACUGCAACGACGACGACGACGACACAGAAACAAUCAAAAUGUCGCCCCAACGUCGCCGGCUGAGCGGCUAAAAAUACAACACAACAACAACGAGAGGAGUUGUGGCAAGCGGCGACAGAUGAUGCGUCAGCGUCAGCGUCAGCGUCAGUCACCUCCAUUGUUGCAGCAGUUGCUGCUGCUGUUUGCUGGAUUAAAUGGAUUAACACAAGUUGCAGCGCUCAAGGGUGAAAAUCCACACAUCAUUGAGCAUCCGAUGGAUACGACGGUGCCAAAAAAUGAUCCAUUCACGUUUAAUUGCAAGGCCGAUGGCAAUCCAACACCGACAAUUCAAUGGUUCAAGGAUGGACGGGAACUGAAAACGGAUGGCGGCUCACAUCGCAUAAUGCUGCCCGCGGGUGGUUUAUUUUUUCUGAAGGUCAUACACUCGAGGAGGGAGAGCGAUGCGGGCACUUAUUGGUGCCAGGCCAAGAAUGAGUUUGGUGUGGCGCGGUCGAGAAAUGCAACGUUGCAAGUCGCAUUUUUGCGCGAUGAAUUUCGACUGGAACCGCAAAACACUCGAGUUGCCCAAGGCGAGGUGGCAUUGAUGGAAUGCGGUGCACCGCGUGGCUCACCAGAGCCGCAAAUCUCUUGGCGCAAGAAUGGACAAACAUUGAAUCUGAAUGGCGCUGGCAACAGCGGCAACAACAAGCGCAUUCGCAUCGUCGAUGGCGGCAAUUUGGCGAUACAGGAUGCCCGUCAAUCGGAUGAUGGGCGUUACCAGUGUGUGGUCAAGAACGUUGUUGGCACUCGCGAAUCCACAACAGCUUUUCUCAAAGUGCACGUUCGUCCUUUUCUCAUACGUGGUCCGCAGAAUCAAACAGCGGUUGUUGGCAGCUCGGUUGUAUUUCAGUGUCGCAUCGGCGGCGAUCCUCUGCCGGAUGUGUUGUGGCGUCGCACCGCCUCCGGUGGCAAUAUGCCUCUGCGUCGUGUGCACAUACUUGAGGACCGCAGUCUGAAGCUGGACGACGUCACGCUCGAGGACAUGGGCGAAUACAGUUGUGAGGCGGACAAUGCGGUCGGCUCAAUUACGGCCACGGGCAUUCUCACCGUCCACGCACCUCCGAAAUUCAUCACACGCCCCAAGAACCAGCUGGUGGAGAUCGGCGAUGAGGUGCUCUUCGAGUGUCAGGCCAGCGGUCAUCCCCGCCCCACCCUCUACUGGUCCGUCGAAGGCAACAGCUCGCUGCUGCUGCCCGGCUAUCGCGAUGGCCGCCUCGAGGUGACGCUCACGCCCGAGGGUCGCUCGGUGCUGUCGAUAGCGCGAUUUGCACGCGAAGAUUCGGGCAAAGUGGUGGUGUGCAAUGCCCUCAAUGCGGUGGGCAGUGUCAGCAGUCGAACGGUGGUGAGUGUGGACACACAGUUCGAGCUGCCGCCACCGAUAAUUGAGCAGGGUCCGGUCAAUCAGACGUUGCCCGUGAAAUCGAUUGUGGUGCUACCGUGCCGCACAUUGGGCACACCGGCUCCACAGAUCUCCUGGUAUCUGGAUGGCAUACCCAUCGAUGUGCAGGACCACGAGCGACGCAAUCUCUCCGAUGCCGGCACCCUGACCAUUUCCGAUCUGCAGCGCCACGAGGAUGAAGGCUUGUACACCUGUGUGGCCAGCAAUCGCAAUGGCAAAUCCUCGUGGAGCGGUUACCUUCGUCUCGACACUCCAACGAAUCCCAACAUUAAGUUCUAUCGCGCACCCGAGUUGUCCACGUAUCCUGGACCGCCAGGUAAACCGCAGCUGGUGGAGAAGGGCGAGGAUUCAGUCACAUUGAGCUGGACGCGCAGCAACAAAGUUGGCGCCUCCAGUUUGGUUGGCUAUGUGGUCGAAAUGUUUGGCAAGAACGAGACCGAUGGCUGGGUGGCAGUCGGCACUCGCAUUCAGAAUACAACGUACACACAACUCGGUCUUGUGCCGGGUGUCAAUUAUUUCUUUUUGAUACGCGCCGAGAACUCACACGGACUCUCGCUGCCCAGCCCCAUGUCGGAACCCAUUGCCGUGGGCACGCGCUAUUUCAACAGCGGUCUGGAUCUGAGCGAAGCACGCGCCAGUCUGUUGUCUGGCGAUGUGGUGGAACUCACCAAUGCCAGCGUUGUGGACUCGACCAGCAUGAAGCUCAUUUGGCAGAUCAUCAAUGGCAAAUACGUCGAGGGCUUCUACAUCUAUGCCAGGCAGUUGCCCAAUCCCAUUGCAAACAAUGCGCAGCCCGUCACCGUCAAUACCAAUCCGUUGUUGGGUGGCACAUCAGCAUCAGCUACAGCUUCUGCCUCGGCUUCCGCAUCGGCAUCGGCAUUGAUUUCGACAAAACCAAAUAUUGCCGCUGCCGGGAAACGUGAUGCAAUGGAAUCCACACAGCAGCAGCAACAGCAAUCGCUGGCCACGUUGUUUAGCAGCAAAUAUCGUAUGCUAACGAUACUCAAUGGUGGCGGAGCCUCAUCCUGCACCCUCACCGGCCUCGUGCAGUAUACGCUCUAUGAAUUUUUCAUUGUGCCAUUUUACAAAUCCGUUGAGGGCAAACCUUCAAAUUCGCGCCUCGCUCGCACCCUCGAAGAUGUGCCCGACGAUGCGCCAUUUGGCAUGGAAGCGAUACUCUUGAAUGCCUCCGCCGUGUUCUUGAAAUGGAAAGCACCCGAAAUGAAGGAACAACAUGGUCAAUUGCUUUACUAUCACGUCAUUGUGCGUGGCAUUGAUACAGCUCACAAUUUCUCGCGUAUUCUAACAAAUGUCACCAUUGAUGCUGCUUCUCCAACACUUGUGUUGGCCAAUCUCACCGAGGGCGUAAUGUACACGGUGGGCGUGGCAGCGGGCAAUAAUGCAGGCAUUGGGCCUUAUUGUGUGCCUGCUACGUUGCGUCUUGAUCCGGUAACCAAACGUCUCGAUCCGUUCAUCAAUCAGCGUUAUCCCAUCAAUCCGGAGCAUGUGAAUGAUGUGCUGACACAGCCGUGGUUCAUCAUUUUACUCGGCGCCAUUUUGGCCAUCAUGAUGUUGUCCUUUGGUGCCAUGGUUUUUGUGAAGCGAAAGCACAUGAUGAUGAAACAGUCUGCGCUGAAUACGAUGCGAGGCAAUCACACCAGCGACGUGCUCAAAAUGCCGAGUCUAUCGACGCGAAAUGGCAACGGCUACUGGCUGGACGCCUCCACCGGUGGCAUGGUGUGGCGCACCUCGCCCAGCGGCGACACCCUCGACAUGCAGAAGGAUCACAUCGCCGACUAUGCGCCCGUCUGUGGUUCAAAUGCAGGCGCUGGUGUUGCCUCCGGCAGCGGCGCCAACGGCAGCAACAUCGAUGAUAUUCAUGGACACGCCAGCGAACGCAACCAUCAGCGCUACGUGGGCGAAUAUUCCAACAUACCAACGGACUAUGCUGAGGUGUCCAGCUUUGGCAAGGCGCCCAGCGAAUAUGGACGUCAUGGCAAUGCUUCACCAGCGCCAUAUGCCACCUCAGCCAUCCUCAAUCCCGGUCAACAGCAGCAGCAGCAACAACAUCAGCAGCAGCAGCAGCAACCACGUUAUCAGCAACGUCCAGGCCCAGCGGCAAUGCCCGGUUCCUAUGGCAUGCAGCGACCCAUGCAUCCGCAUUACCAGCAUCAACAGCAGCAGCAGCAACAACAGUCGCCACAUCAGCAGCAACAGUUACAGCAGCCGCAUUCCAGCGCCAACAUCUAUCAGCAAAUGUCAACGACAGGCGAGAUCUAUCCGAGCAACACGAAUGGUGCUCGCUCCGUCUAUUCGGAUCAGUAUUAUUAUCCCAAGGACAAGCACAUGCACAUGCACAUCACCGAGAAUAAGCUGAGCAACUGUCACACGUACGAGGCUGCGCCCAAUGGACAUCAGCAGCAACAGCAGCAGCAGCAACCAUCCUCUACAACUGGCAGCAAUUCAUCGCAAUUUGCCAGCGUGCGACGUCAACAGUUGCCACACGGUUGCAGCAUUGGCAGAGACAGUGCACGCUUUAAGGUGCAACCUCAGGCAGCACAGCAUGUGGAUCAAACACUUGCCACCAAGAGCCAGCAACAGCAUCAGAACUUGCUCGAUUUGGAUGGUUCGUCCUUCUGCUACAACGGUCUGGCUGAUUCAGGUUGCGGUGGCUCGCCUUCGCCCAUGGCCAUGCUCAUGUCCCAUGACGAUGAUCAGGCGCUUUAUCACACGGCCGACGGUGAUCUGGAUGAUAUGGAGCGGCUGUAUGUCAAGGUGGAUGAUCAACAACAACCCUCGCAACAGCAGCAGCAGUUGCUGCCCCUUGUGCCACAUUCGCAGCAGCAUCCACAGCCGCUGGAAACACAAUCGUGGCGCGGACAAUCGACACGCGGCAGUCGCAAGGCACAUGUGGAGGAGCCUUUGGCCAAGGAGGCCAACGAACUGAUCUAUGCACCCGGGAGUGUGGCCAGCGAGCGCAGUCUGUUGAGCAACUCGGGCAGCGGCAGCAGCAGUCAUCAACAGCCUUGCCACAAUGUCUGACCUCUGGCCACAGCGGGCAAUCAGUUGCCAGUGCCAGGAGGAGGUGGUGGACAGCUUUCAACGCAAGCGCAGGAGCAGCUGUAUGCGCGGGAAGUGAGGGAAUUGCUUGCUUGGUGUGAGCGAUUCAACAAUGGCGGGGCAGAGAAUUUCGAGUAAGAGUUGAGAAGACACGGGGCGUAUACGUAACACACACAGAGUACCGAAAGCUGAGUUAAAGCAUGCGAAAUUAAUCCAAAAGCAAUAAAAAAGUAUGCGAAAGUAUCCGUUUAACCAAGACAAAUUAAUCCAAAAGCAAAAAGAAAAUAUGCGAGACCAUUGAAAAUAGUUGAAUGCAAGCAAGAUUAAUCGAAAAGCGAUAAAAAGGAUGCACAAAAUUCAAAUCUGUUCUUAAAACACAUUUAAAUCAGUUAAGCAAGAUAAAUCGAAAAGCAAGUAAAAUAGCUUUCAUCCACUUUAAACGCCCUCAAAGGCUUACAAAAUUUUUGGCUGAGCUUUAAUGUGCUUGGUAAGCUUUUUAGCGAGAUUUUUCUAGGUGCUUUUAAUCUUUUUGAGCUCCGCUUUUCUUUCGUAAAACUUCUAUAUGUGACUAAGACUGAAACCAAACUGUGUGCGACUAAUUUAAAAAGCGAAAUUCAAUUGUUUCUUACUCGUAAAGGUUUCGUGCUUCAACUACUCAAAAAGCAGACUUGAUAAAACAAAACAUAAAAAGUAUAACAAAUGCGUGCCAAUCAAAAGUGGCGAUUGGCUCUAUGCUAGUGAUAGACUUACUAAAAAACAAACAAAAAAAAAAAAAAGAAUUCCUCUGUCGCUUUCUUUUAUCCUCUACAUCUCUCCCUGUUUCUACAAAUUGCUUUCAUAGAAUUAGUACUUAGCUUGUAGAUGAUUGUAAAUGUUAAAGAAAAAAACGUAUGAUAAGUUCCUCCAAGUAUGCGGGCAGCCAAAAGCCCGUCGCUUACAUAGACAGUUAGUUAGAUUGUUACUUAACGCAGCUACAAUGAUAAUUAUGCUAAUUAAAUCGAUAAAGUAAAUUAUGUAAAUUUUAAGCUAUAUAUAUUACACUUGAAUGAAUGUUUUAGUUGCUAAGUGUAAAUAUUGUAAUAAGGCUAGACUUACGCGCAACAUCAAAUUGAAUUAAAAUAUUCAAAUAUGCAAAUAGGAUAUCUGUAAAGAGAGAGAAAGAAAACAAUAAGUGAAUGAAAUUGUGCAUAUAGUAAUUUAGAAAUCACCCUCUAAUUAUAGCUGAAACAUUAUUUAGUUGUUGUUUAAUUACAUACAUACACAUAACUAUAACUAUAAAUAUAAAUAUACACUUCGAUAUAGUUCGUAAAUACCACCAUUAGGCAUAUGGCAAAAACUCCUUCAAUUUACAGUCUAAAAAUCAAUUAUUAACCCAUUUCUCAUAAACAUAUACUGAUAAAUAUACAUAUAUACAUAGUACGUACAUAAAUAAUUAUAACUUGUAACACAGUAACUGCCGCACUAAUGAACUGCACUUUUACAUUGGGCAGACAAUUAGAUAUGCAUUGAAAUGUGACUGCUCCCCUUAAAACCCAUUCUACUCUAUAUUCAUAUUAUACUAUAUAUAUUGAAUAUUACAUGAAUAUUAAGUGAAUACACACAACACAACAACACAGAGAUAAAUAAAAAUAGAUACAAUGCAUACAUAUUAUAUUCGUUCCCGUACUAUGUUGUUUAUCCAUUAGAAAAUACUGAAAUUAACUAUAUGUCUAUGUGUAAUUAUUGAUAUUGAAUACGUGUGUAUUUACAAUGUAGUAAUUAAAAUGCAAAUAAAAAUGCCAUAAUUAUGAAA